UUUUCCAAGUGGAAUUAGAAGCCAUUCUUUUAAGAGAAGGACUUGCCCAUUCCAUUUCUUCUGUUUUCUCCAGCAGUUUAUGAGCUUUAAUAAAUGCCAGUGCAGAAUCCAAGUCUUCAGAUAUCUUUGGUCCUUCAUGAAGGAAAAUCCUCAAUCUUGCAGGAAACAAAAGACAAUAUUCAGCUAAACACAUGAAGCUCUCAUUAAUGAAACACAAGGACCACAUGACAAUGUCAUAAUCUGCAGGUUUAGUGGGAAAGAAAUGCAAAAUGAUGGCUAAUUUGACUUCACAAUCAUCUGGCACAUUGGCUGUUGUUUUUAUGUUAAUUUCAAGCACAGCACUUUCAGCACAUUUUCGUGUUUGUGAACCUUAUACAGAUAGCAAGGGGCAGUAUCAUUCUGGAUUCCACUGCCCCCGCCUUUCAGACAAUAAAUUCUGCAUUUUCUGCUGCCACCACAACAACAGUGUGUUUAAAUACUGCUGCAAUGACACAGAAUUUCAAACAGUCAUGCUUGUGAACAUAACAGGGACCACUGAUGGAUACAUGUACAAUAACUACAAUGCAUUGGUUGGAGUAUGGAUCUAUGGAUUUUUUGUUACAAUUCUAUUGAUGCUAGACUUUCUUUAUUACUCAGCAAUGAAUUAUGAGAUCUGUAAGUUUUAUCUGGCAAAGUGGGGAAUUCGAAGCAAAUGGCUGAAGCAUGGCCAAAGUGACUCAAAUAGUCCUGUUCAGAGUCAUAAUCAUUCAGAAGCUCAGCCUCAACUAGAAGGAAUAACAGUUAGUGAAAAAGAUGUUCAAAGCCCAGCUUUGAUAUCCUUUCAAAGUGCAGCAGCAUGUAUUUCUCUACAGAGGAGUAUUGCACUGCAACAGGACCAUCAGGAAUACAAAGAUCAGGCCUCCUGCAAUGAUUAAACUUGAAAACACCAACUAAACCUUACUCAGCACAUGUGAUUCAGUUCUGUUCUCCUUUAAGUCUAUGGAAAACACAGGCAUUCCUGAACAUUUGUGGUUACCCAGCCUUUGAAAUCCUGAUCCAUGGUGCUUCCAAGUGCCACUGCCUAUCAGUGUGAAUUUUGUUGUUGGUGUUACUCCAUCUCAGAAAUAUUUACAGAAAUAUGAAAUGUAUGCAUAUGUAAUGUUCAAAUAAAUGUAAACAUCUGCCAAA